AUGAAAUUUAGAGGAUCCAGGAUCCAGGAACCGGCCAGGAGCCGGCAAGGAGGAGCCGGCCAGGAGGAGCCGGCCAGAGGAGCCGGCCAGGAGGCGGCCAGUAACCGGCAAGGAACUGCCGGUCUGGAGCAGCCGGCCAGGAUCCGGCAAGGAGGGGCCGGCCAGGAGGAGCCGGCAAGGAGCCGGCCCGGAGGGGCCGGCCAGGAGAGCCGGAGCCGGCCAGGAUCCGGCAAGGAGGAACUGGCCAAGAACUGGCCAGGAUCCGGCCAGGAGGGAGCCGGCCAGAGUAGCCGGCCAGGAGAAGCCAGCCAGGAGCCGGCCAGGAACCGUCUGGAGGAGCCGGCCAGAAGGAGCCGGCCAGGAACCGGCCAGGAGGAGCGGGCCAGGAACCCGCCAGGAGCCGGCCAGGUGCAGCCGGCCAGGAGAAGCCGGCCAGGAACUGCCGGCCAGGAGCCGGCCGGGAGGAGCCGGCCGGGAACCAGCCAGGAGCCUGCCAGGAGGAGCCGGCCAGGAGAAGCCGGCCAGGAGGAACCGGAGGAGCCGGCAAGGAGCCGGCCAGGAUCCGGCCAGGAGAAGCCGGCAAGGAACCGGCCAGGACGAGCCGUCCAGGAGCCGGCCAGAGAAGCCGGCCAGGAACUGCCAGCCAUGAGCCGGCCGGGAGGGGCCGCCAGGAGCCGCCAGGAUCCGGCAAGGAGGAACUGGCCAAGAACUGGCCAGGAUCCGGCCAGGAGGGAGCCGGCCAGGAGUAGCCGGCCAGGAGAAGCCAGCCAGGAGCCGGCCAGGAACCCGUCUGGAGGAGCCGGCCAGAAGGAGCCGGCCAGGAACCGGCCAGGAGGAGCGGGCCAGGAACCCGCCGAGCCGGCCAGGUGCAGCCGGCCAGGAGAAGCCGGCCAGGAACUGCCGGCCAGGAGCCGGCCGGGAGGAGCCGGCCGGGAACCAGCCAGGAGCCUGCCAGGAGGAGCCGGCCAGGAGAAGCCGGCCAGGAACCGGCCAGGAGCCGGCCUGGAACCGGCCAGGAACCGGCCAGGAGGAGCCGGCCAGGAACCAGGAAGCAGGAACCGGCCAGGAGCCGGCAAGGUGGAGCCGGCCAGGAACCGGCCUGGAUCCGGCCAGGAGGGAGCCGGCCAGGAACCGCUGGCCAGGAGCCGGCCAGGAACCGGCCAGGAGCCGGCCUGGAACCGGCAGGAGCCAGGAGCCGCCAGGAUGCAGGACCGGCCGGGCCAGGAACCAGGAACCAGGCCAGGAGCCGGCAAGGAGGAGCCGGCCAGGAUCCGGAGCCUGCCAGGAGGAGCCGGCAAGGAUCCGGCAAGGAGGAGCCGGCCAGGAGGAGCCGGCCAUGAGGGGCCGGCCAGGAGGAGCCGGCCAGGAGAAGCCGGCCAGGAACCCGCCAGGAGCCGGCCAGGAGGAGCCGGCCAGGAGCCGGCCAUGAGGGGCCGGCCAGGAGCCGGCCAGGAGCCGGCCAGGAACCCGCCAGGAGCCGGCCAGGUGCAGCCGGCAAGGAACUGGCCAGGAGCCGGCCUGGAGGAGCCGGCUAGGAAGUUCAUGGAGAUCAUAGCAGAGAAGAUGAUGGGUCAGCUGGCCAGGAGCCGGCAAGUAGGAGCCGGCCAGGAUCCGGCAAGGAGGGGCCGGCCAGGAGGAGCCGGCAAGGAGCCGGCCGGGAGGGGCCGGCCAGGAGGAGCCGGCAAGGAGCCGGCCAGGAGCCGGCCUGGAACCGGCCAGGAGAGCCGGCAAGGAGCCGGCCAGGAACCAGGAACCAGGAACCGGCCUGGAGCCGGCAAGGUGGAGCCAGCCAGGAUCCGGCAAGGAGGAACCGGAGGAGCCGGCAAGGAGCCGGCAAGGAGCCGGCCAGGAUCCGGCCAGGAGAAGCCGGCAAGGAACCGGCCAGGACGAGCCGUCCAGGAGCCGGCCAGGAGAAGCCGGCCAGGAACUGCCAGCCAUGAGCCGGCCGGGAGGGGCCGGCCAGGAGCCGGCCAGGAUCCGGCAAGGAGGAACUGGCCAAGAACUGGCCAGGAUCCGGCCAGGAGGGAGCCGGCCAGGAGUAGCCGGCCAGGAGAAGCCAGCCAGGAGCCGGCCAGGAACCCGUCUGGAGGAGCCGGCCAGAAGGAGCCGGCCAGGAACCGGCCAGGAGGAGCGGGCCAGGAACCCGCCAGGAGCCGGCCAGGUGCAGCCGGCCAGGAGAAGCCGGCCAGGAACUGCCGGCCAGGAGCCGGCCGGGAGGAGCCGGCCGGGAACCAGCCAGGAGCCUGCCAGGAGGAGCCGGCCAGGAGAAGCCGGCCAGGAACCGGCCAGGAGCCGGCCUGGAACCGGCCAGGAACCGGCCAGGAGGAGCCGGCCAGGAAGCAGGAACCGGCCAGGAGCCGGCAAGCCGGCAAGGAGCCGGCCAGGAGCCGGCUAGGAACCGGCCAGGAGGAGCCGGCCAGGAACCCGCCAGGAGCCGGCAAAGAGCCGGCCAGAGCCGGCAAGUACGAGCCGGCCAGGAGCCUGCCAGGAGGAGCCAGCAAUGAGCCGGCCAGGAACCAGCCAGGAGCCGGCCAGUAA